UGCUUUGGUGCCAAACCAAACCUAAAACCGCUGAAUCACACAUCACCGACGCACAAACUGGAAAAUACCUUGACCUACUAACAGUUUGAUGAGGUAACCGGGGGCUAUACUGGAACAAAUCUUUAAAGAAACAGGCCGUGUUUGGGAGGGGGUGGCCAGUGUUUGUCACGGGUCACCUGUUCCGUGCUUUUACGCUGAAGGAAAACCUCCGGCGUGUGCGCGCACACCAUCCCGGUCCGCUUGACGCGCCUGGGCUCGGCGUAGUCUCACAUCGGAGGUGGAAGCCGCAGAAAAAGCCUUUCCAUAAUGCGGGCGUGAGGUGGUCCCUGUAGUAAGCGGAGGGGGAUCCAUCCAUCCAUCCAUCCUAUCCGGGGUGGGGGGGAGGGAGGGAGGACACCCGGCUUUUACGCACACGGACAAACCGGAGACGCAGGAAAAUGUCGAACCGAAAACACCGGGACAACCAAGAGAUCUGCGCCCGCAAGGUCCGGGAGCUGGCCCAGUCUGGAGUAAACAAACACUGCUUCGAGUGUAACCAGCCCGGGGUGACUUACACCGACGUCACCGUGGGCAGCUUCGUGUGCACGUCGUGCUCCGGAAUGCUGAGAGGCCUCAAUCCUCCCCACAGAGUCAAGUCUAUCUCCAUGACAACCUUCUCGCAACAGGAAGUGGAGUUUCUCCAAAACCAUGGCAAUGAGGUUGGGAGGAGGACUUGGUUAUGUGUCUUCGACCCAAAGACAGACGGCUGCUCCGACAUGAAGGACUCUCAGAAGUUCAAGGAGUUCCUCCAAGACAAAUACGAAAAGAAAAAAUGGCACUUUUCCAAAAGUAAGAACCGCAGGGAUGUGGAGGGUCCUUGGAGUCCAGGGGUCCAGGCUAUGCCCCCUUUAGCAAACCAGGCCCCCUCCCACAACCUGCCCCCCAACGCCAGAUCCACGAGGACGCUGGCUCAGUCCCAGCUGCCGUCGUGGGACCGGGCUCCCGCCAUCUCCCCGGCCGACAUGAGGACAGACGUGUUCACUGCUCGGCCUUCGCGCUCCCAGAGCUUCAGAGACCCCCCUCUGAAAGAUCCAACGCUUUGUGGAAUAGAAAGACAACGUCCAGGCUCCCUGUCAUCAGCACUGGGAGCUCAAAGCCACACCCCUUCCUUCCCUGCCCUCCCUCGACCCUCAGCCAGUAGCUCCUUUAAAAACCACUUCACUUUAGGUCGGACCGUCUCAGCCUUGGGGGUCACCGGACCCUUCAGAGCCUUCCCCAAAUCUCUGAGUGUGGACUUUGGAGGCCUGAGCCACGCCCAGCCCCACUCCCAGCCCCACCCCCAGCUGCAGCAGCCGUCGGCCGGUGCUGGACAGACUCAGCUGCCCACCAGCGGCUCCAGCCAGGACCGCUACGCCGCCGUGUCCCAGCUGGACAGUGUCUUCUUGGAGACAUCAUCCACCGCAGCUCCCCCUACUGGUCCUCCACAGUACAGCACCAUCUUUGGGAACAGGCUCUCGUCCAGUUCAACUCCUGCCAGCUCCCCUGGUGUCGAUACCGUCUCCGGCUCCCAAACAUUUACCAAUUUCCCCAACCCAUUCACCUCCAGCUCCAGCUCCUCUUCCCAGCCGCCCGUCGCCCUCUCCCCCAGUAACCCCUUCAGCGGCGCCUCAGGAGGUGACUCCAGUGCAUUCGUCACUUCACCCACCUCCAUUUUCCCUCCGUCCGUCUCUUUCCCAGCCCCUGCUACCCAGAAUGCAUUUCCUCAUGAGUCAGCCAACAACCAGGAAGCCAAUGGUUUUGCCUCGUUCGCUGACUCUGACUCUCAGCCCAAAGUCCCUCGGCCGAUGUCGGUGAAUCCUUUUACCGGGAAUGUUUACCCGAGUCGAGGGACGUCACGGAAUCCUUUUAUCUGAACCCCCCCCCACCCCUACCCCCCCGUCCACCCGUCCAUUUGGCUUCUCCUUACUUUACCACUCAUCCGACUCUGGGAACUGAGGGUGAAGUGAACUUGAGGAGUCGCUGCCAUUUCAAUGCCCCCCCACCCCCACCCCCACCUGGUCUUUACCUGUUCCGUCUGUGUUUACGUGUCAUUGAGGAGGAUAUUAAAAAAAAAAAGGCGUGAAUGUAAUUAGAGUUUGUGCGUGUGAGGGCGACGCCUGCCGUGUUUGUGUUCGUGUGCCAGUAGACGCCACCUCAGGGCUCUGUGGGAGUCGCGAGUAAAUGACGCCUCUAUGAUUUUUUUUUUUUUUUGCAGAAAACACACCUAACACACACACACACACGUACGUAUAUUACACACGUCGCUGCUGCUGCUACUUUGCUUUCAUCUCCUGCUUAAAAGUGCAAAAAAACCAGCCCGUCGGUAAUCAGUGUUGUCUCCCGCUUUACAAACGAUCGAGUUAGCUAGUUCACGAAUCACCGGUUGGAGCGUUCAUGGCGAUGGAGGCGGGCUUUUGCAUCGGUCACUGUUUUUUCGUGGAAGGAUGAUGUGUGUUUUCACUCUCAGGCUGCAUGCGCUUCGAGGGCUAAAAGGAGAUGCUACUGAAUGUAAAAGCAAUUACAGAAAUACUUAGAUGUGUAUUAAACAUCAUCUCGCUUCAUGUACCGGACCAAAUGUUUCUCACUGUUUGUUUGUUUUUGUUUGUUUGUUUGUUUGUUUGUAUUUGGUUCACAUGGAGGCGGAGUUUAUUUCCUGUUCUUUUGCCAAAAAAGAUUCAUGUAACAACGUCUUUGUAAUGACAAGUAUUCAUGUUCAUAAAAUCAGUUUGUUGCUUCUUAA